AAAAUGGUGACACUAACACCAUCUUCUUCUUCAACUCCAAAGACAUCUUUUGAUUUCAUGAAGAACAACAACAGUCACAGUCUCUAUGUUUCUUCCUCUUCCCCUUCUUCUUCUUCUUACUUGAGCAGCAAGGAAGAUGCUGUUGUCACAACCAAGAAGCUCAUGGAACAAAGCAAACCCCUAAACAUGAGCAUCAAUAUUCCAAAACAAGAGUUUGGCGAUGAGAAGAAAAUGGUGAAGAAAGCUACUGAAGAUCCAGAGAUUGGUGUGUUUGGAGCUGAGAAGUACUUCAAUGGAGACAUGGAUUCAGACCAAGGUUCUAGUGUUCUAUCUCUGACAAACCCAGAAGUUGAGAGAACCAUCAUCGAUUCGAAGCAGAGCGCGAAGAAAUCUACCGGAACUCCAAGUGUCCGGUCUGAAUCAAGCUGGAAUAGUCAGAGCGUGUUGCUUCAGAACAAACUGGUGAAUAGCUGCAACAGUUCCUUCAAGGAGAAGAAGAACAGUAAUGGUCAGAUUCAAAAGGCGAGCAAUAAUAAGAAGAGUUUUCUCGCAAAUUUGGGGUGUAAAUGCGCCUGUUCUGAUGGGAAUUCAGUAGAUGUGGACGAGAAAACCUCGGUCAAGAGAAGCUCUGAUCCGAAUAUCUCUGUUAUCACAAUGAGGAGGAUCGAAAAUCAGAUGAGGUCUUCUGUGGAUAUGAACACAGAAUUGAUCAAGAUUCAGAAGCAAGAGGAGUUAUCACAGAGGAAGUCUCUUGACGUUUUUGGAUCUCCUGUAACUAUUGAGAAGAAUACGACUGUUGUUCAGAAGAAACUCCCAUUGCCCCCAUGGAAAUCAAGAACAGAGGAGGAAGACACAAAGAGUGAAGGGAGUGAUUCAAGCUCGGAUCUAUUCGAGAUAGAGGGUCUUACAGGGAACCCAAAACCUUUUCUUACAAGGCAAGGAAGUGAUCCGGCUUCACCUACGUGUUAUGCGCCAAGUGAAGUAAGCGUAGAAUGGAGUAUAGUGACAGCAAGUGCAGCAGAUUUCUCUGUUAUGUCAGAAUGUGCAACAAGUCCCGUAAGAAGAAACCGAUCUUCUCAGAUUCCUCGAAUCCCUAUUACCGCUAAAUCAGCACCGCAGAGACGGAAAUCGAGUAGCAACGGAGGCAGUGGUUUCUUGAUGAGCUGCAAGAGUCAUAAAUCUGUUAUGGUUUCUGGUGAUUUAGACAGAAGAAGCAGCAUGAAUAAGACAACACCGAGUUACGUUCCAAGAUUCCCAAUGGAGACUACUAAACCAAAGAGUUUCGAAACACGAAGAAGGAUCAGCAACAGCUCGAUUUCUCACACACAAUCAUCUCUUCUUUAUAGUCAGUGAUUGCACUAAAGUAAAAGCGAACGAUUUCAAUCUCUUAUCUCUCUUUAUCUAUAAUAUCUACUGAGUGAGAAAGAUUUAUAAACUUAUAUAAUGUCUUGUUGAGUUCUUGUUCACAAUGUGAAAAUCAAAUCAAUUUUAAAGG